UUCCAUCGAGUUCGAGCUUAUAUGAAUCACCAACUUCCACAACUGUAAAAAUUUUAGAUUCAUUAAACUAUUUAGAUUUAAUUUUUUUUUUUUAAACUAUUAUAUGCAAGUCAUUUACAGUCAAUUGCCAUCAUAGUUAGCUCUCCCUUGUCCUUCUACUUCCGGUUUCAUAUUGUCUCAACUCUAGACCUUAGCUUUGCAUGUAAUGGUUUCACUUGCUCGUAAGCUGAUAGUAUCCAGGAACCCUAGUCCAAUACCCAGAAACCCACAAGCUUUGCAGCCCUUUGUCCCAUUUUCCCGUCUUCAAGAAACAAAACUCUUAGAAUGUCAUCUAGUUUCACUUCUUGACAACUGUAACAGCCUAAUUCAGAUCAAACAAGUACAUGCUCACGUUAUUCGUAAAGGUCUUGACCAAUGCUGCUAUGUUCUCGCAAAACUACUACGUAUGCUCACAAAAAUCAAUGUCCCAAUGGAACCAUAUCCCUGUCUUGUAUUUCAUCAAGUGGAAUAUCGUAACCCUUUUUUAUGGACAGCUUUAAUUCGUGGUUAUUCAAUUCAAGGACCAUUGAAAGAGGCUGUGCGUUUGUAUAAUGCUAUGAGAAGGGAAAAUAUAUCGCCUGUUUCUUUUACUUUGACUGCUUUGCUCAAGGGUUGUUGUGAUGAGUUUGAGUUGAAUUUAGGUAGGCAGAUUCAUUGUCAGGGAAUAAAGAUUGGUGGGUUUUGUAAAGAUAUGUUUGUUCAUAAUAUUUUGAUUGAUGUGUAUGUUAAAUGUGGUUGGUUGGAUUGUGGUCGAAGGGUGUUCGAUGAAAUGUCUGAGAGGGAUGUGAUUUCGUGGACUUCGUUAAUUGUUGCGUAUUCAAAGAGAGCAGAUAUGGAGGCAGCUGCUGAGCUGUUUGAGAGAUUGCCUGUGAAGGAUUUGGUUGCGUGGACUGCUAUGGUGUCGGGUUUUGCACAGAAUGCUAAGCCAAGGGAAGCAUUGGAGUUCUUCUAUAGGAUGCAGUCUGGAGGUGUGGAGACUGAUGAGUUCACAUUGGUUGCGGUUAUUUCAGCUUGUGCACAGUUGGGAGCUGCUAAGUAUGCAAAUUGGGUUCGUGAUUUGGCUGAGGGAUAUGGUUUUGGACCUGCUAAUCACGUUAUGGUGGGGUCUGCAUUUAUCGAUAUGUACUCCAAGUGUGGGAAUGUGGAGGAAGCGUAUAAGGUUUUUAUGAAAAUGAAGGAAAAGAAUGUGUUCUCGUAUAGUUCGAUGAUUGUUGGGUUUGCAAUGCAUGGAUGUGCGAAUGCUGCAUUAGAUUUGUUUGAAGAAAUGGUGAAAACUGAGGUAAAGCCUAAUAAGGUGACAUUCAUUGGUGUUCUUAUGGCUUGUACUCAUGCAGGUUUGGUAGAAAGGGGUCGACACCUGUUUGAUAUAAUGGAGAAACAUUAUGGUGUUGAACCAUCAAUAGAACAUUAUGCUUGCAUGAUUGAUCUCCUUGGCAGGGCUGGGCAACUAGAAGAAGCUCUUGAGCUUAUCAAAGCUAUGCCAAUGGAAGCUAAUAGUGGUGUCUGGGGAGCUUUGCUGGGAGCUUGUCGGAUUCAUGGUAAUCCUGAAAUCGCAGAAGUUGCUGCUAGCCAUUUAUUUGAGCUUGAACCUGAUAGCAUUGGAAACUAUGUCUUGCUUGCCAAUACAUACGCUACAGCGGGAAGGUGGGAAGAUGUUUUAGGGGUAAGGAAAUUAAUAAAACAAAAACUGCUGAGAAAGGACCCUUCACGCAGCUGGAUUGAAGGCAAAGAGGGGUUGAUUCAUGAGUUCUAUGCUGGUGAUAUGACCCACCCAAACUCGAAAGAGAUUAAGGAAGCACUAGAGGAUCUUAUUAGUCGGCUUAAGUCACACGGCUACGAGCCAAACUUAAGCUCUGUGCCUUAUGAUCUGAGUGAGGAACAUAAAAAACGAGUACUUCUUACACACAGUGAGAAGCUGGCUUUGGCAUAUGGGCUGCUCAUCACUGAUUCUGCUGGGUCUACCAUUAGGAUCAUGAAAAAUCUAAGAAUCUGUGAAGAUUGCCACUCAUUUAUGUGCGGUGCAUCUCAAAUCACUGGCAGGGAGAUUAUUGUCAGGGAUAACAAGAGAUUUCACCAUUUCCGAAAUGGUGUGUGCUCUUGUGGUAACUUUUGGUAAUUGAAGGAAGAGCCGUCAUUUUUCUGAAGUGCCACUCUAAGUGAGCUUGAAGGAUCCUUUUCUUUGGAAAUUGCCAUUACUUGGUCACAAGUGCCAUAGUUGUUCAAAAGGUUUUUGAAUUGCUUUUUAGACUUGAGGGAUUGGAAUUCUUGCUCAACUGAAGAUAUGAUUAAUUCAUUCAAGGACGAAUCUAAAUUCCAGAAUUUCUAUGAUCGAAGGUGCCAAGCUAGAUGACAGGUCCAUUCUCCUCCGCUUACGAAGAGAGGGAAGUGUUUCUCACUGCAUCUUUGGGUUCUGAACAUGGAGAUGUCAUAACCUGGCAAGAUCUGGUACACUACAGGCAUUUUGCU